AUGGAUUUCUCCACUUGGAACGUUUUUUGGUCAGUGACAUUUAUGUUGAUGGCGACGGUGAUAACUGCAGGUAAUCUCGUUACCAUCAUAAUAUUUAUAAAACAGAAAUUUCUGGAGCGCACCCGUUUCCUUUUGUUAAGCCUGGCCAUGGCGGACACAUUCGUGGGAACCUUAUCAGUUCCUUUGUACAUUGCUGUUGGUAUCCGUCCUCAAGACAACUUGUUGGUACUCGUAUUUCGAUGCGUAGAUGUUUUUACAGGAAUGGUGUCCAUUUUUACCCUUGCUAGCAUUUCAUUGGAAAGAAUGCACGCCAUCGUAUGGCCCUUCCGCCAUCGUGCGCUUAAGUCAUGUUUCUACCCGUGUGCUAUUGGAUUGCCGUGGUUAUUUGGCUUGCUGGGAGUUUCAUCUCGACUGCUCCAUCACUUGAAGGUUAUAUCCCCGCUGAUGCUUUCAGUUACGUCAAACACAUUUCUCUUGACACCUCUACUGUUAAUAACCACCUCUUACAUUUUGAUAUGGAGAAAAAAACCUCAUGGACCUCAGAACCAAAUUCAGGGAGACAAUCAAAACAACAAACUGGCUAAAACAUUGAUUGUUAUAACGGCAACGUUCCUCUUAACCUGGUGUCCACAUCAGAUUAUAAACCUGAUAUUUUCAUUUUGCAUAUCCUGCAGACGGUCGCCGUAUGCCCAUUUAGUGGUUCACAUCAUGAAGAUAUUUCAGUUCAGUAACUCUUUUAUCAAUGUUAUUGUCUACUCCUUGAGGUUUCAGGAAUACAGACAGACACUGCUUUCCUGUGCCUCUAGCCUGUGAUCCAAUUUAGAUCCCAAAGAGAGGGAAAGCAAAACUAAACAGAUUUUAUUGUUCAUGCAAAUAUUAAGUGGUACAAUCAAUCAAGUCUGGUUUUAGGCUGUGACGUCAGAAAGCGUGAAGUACAUGGCUAAAGACAUAACUCUUUGAGGCUGCCUAAAAAUGGUCUGGUACAUUUCGGUUCGAAAUUGAUUUUUUUUUCAUUAACUUUUUAAAAUCAUGUUGUAAAUUAUAAAGUAGUGAACAGCACUGAAGGAACUUAAAAGGUAAAAACUUGAGGCGUGAAGCAAGCGAAUUGUAGCUUUUUUAUUGCAAAGUGCGACAGGCUUUAUUACAAAGUGCGCAAGUACUACAAGAUGCGACAGUUAUCUUAAAAAGUGCGACGAUUGUUACAAAGUGCGACAGAACAGACACGCAAACGAAAUAGGAGAAAAGAAAAUUCUCAUUAUUACCUUUACAAAUAUUGUUAAUUUUAAAUUGUACGGAUUCGUAGAGAAUAUAAUACAGGUGUAUGUAUAAUGCUAUUGUAAACAACGCUGAGGUGAGAAAAAAAGCAGAUAAGUGAAGAGAUAAGAAAGAAGGAUUAUUGAAAAAAAAAAAAAAAAAGAAAAAAAAAAAGCGUACAUUGUAUGAUGAAAAAAAAUUUUCAAGCUGACGAUCUCUUUUGUUCUUUUAUGCUAUCACAAAGGUUGCAAAGUACAAUGAUCGUCCAAAGGAUUCAAAGUCUGACUUAGGAGAUUGAAAAGUGUUCGCUAAAUGUAGUGUGUCCGAGCCUGCUGAUCAUAACUGAUGGGCUCAGCCAAAUUAAAACUGAACCUCUACUUAUAUUUCUUGCAGAUAAGUAGGUCGUCCAACGCCAUCCCUUGCAAAAUUAAUGUUUUAUUGCGCUAAACAUGUGGAGGCUUGCUAAAGCGACUUAUCAGCCACCACUCAUAAAAGUGACACUUUGGUGAACUCGUGGAUACACCACGAUGAAUAUAUUAAGAACGCUAGCCAAGUAAAUUCUUAAUUUAAGUACGUUCACGUUUAAAGUAUUAAUAACACUGAUGAAAAGGUACACUUUAUAUGGAGCGCGCUUCAGAACUGAAUUCCAAACUGUAUUUUUAAUGAGAACUGGGGAUCAUUUUAUUCCAAGCACAAAGAUCUAACACUACCAUCAUGUCAACUUUUAACACCAUUGAGUAUAAUCUAUGUGAAGCACAUUAUAAUUAAAGCAAACACUUUCUUUUUCAAAAGCAGUUCGUUUUUUAUGGAAAUAAGGAUGUCGAAAUAUAGCCGCGAAGAAAAAGCGCUCGCCUUGUAAGAAGACAUGUAUUUUUCAUCUGUGGGGAAAAAGUCAUCAUCAGUAUGAGGAAUUCAGCAUUUUUUCUUUAAAUUGUGAUAAGACCAAGUCAAAUUGAAAUACUUUAUUCGUGAACUUCUUUUUUUUUGGAAGACAAAAACGCAGUAGAUUACAAGUCUCUUUCCAUUUUUUCUCAAAGCUAUCUCAAGCUAAAAGUUUUUUUUGUUCCUUUUUACUAUCGCAACUGUUGCACAUUCAAACUUUGGCGAGGUAAACGUCAAAUUUUUCACUUUGUGUAGAUUAGUUUUUCAGCACCCGUGCUGAUGGGCUAAUUUUAUAUCAUUUUAUGUACCUUUGUAUAAAAAUUUCUUGGUAAUUUCAGGGCCAUGUACGAUCACUUUGUGUUCAAGCGCUUUCCUUUAGCGAAAGUUAUAUUCCUACGUGCACCGAUGCCAAAAUGGUUAUUCAUGCCAACUGAACAUGCGGAAACUUGCUAUUUAAGACUUACCGAGCACUUUUUGUUUCAAAAAUGUUUUUGCUUCAAGUUCUGUGACGGUCAAAUUUGCUACGAGUAUUGUUUUCAUAUUUCAUGAUCAGAGAGCCUGCUUCAUGGAUUUCUCCACUCACUGGGACGUUUUCUGGACCGUAACGUAUAGUGUAAUAGCGAUAGUGAUAACUGUUAGCAAUAGCGCUACCAUUGUAAUAUUCGUAAAAAGAAACUUCUGAAGCGUGUUCGUUUCUUGAUUUAAAGCCUGGCCAUUGUGGGCACAUUUUUGGGAACUUAAUCAGUUUCUAUCUGCAUUUCUGUCAGUAUCCAUCCACAGGAAGCUUUGCUGCUACUCGUAUUUCAAUGCGUAGACGUUUUUACCGGUUUUGUGUCUAUAGUCAGGGUUUUCAUUUGAGGCCGGAGGCCGGACGUUUGCGGUCAGCAUCUCACGUCCGGUACUUUGAGAGAAUAUUGGCCAUUUUUUUAUGGUCUCUCCGCCAUCGAACACGACGGCUAUGUUUCUACUUUACAAAACAGUUGAAAACCCGAUGAUUGGAUUUUACCGAGGGUAUUUUUUAUGCUCUCCGUUUCGAAUCGACUUCUUUUUACCUCGUGAGAAUCCCGUGGGUAUUUAUAUCUGGGGUUUGUAUCGACUUCUUUUUUACCUCCAGCUUAUAUCCGGGUUGGGCUUCUUAAAGCCCAAGAAAUAGAAGACCGAGAAAUACAAAUAUUUCUUGUGCGAAGAGUAUUAAAUAAAGUUUAAACAAAACCUCCCCUGUAUUUUAGAGGUGUACAUAAAUCCUUGAUUCAUUUGCGACGCAAUAAAUGUAUUUUUAUCGGAAAUUCUGUUCAAUAAGAUUAUUCGGAGAGAAUUUCCAUAUUGUUGCCUUUGUUGAUGCAACAUUUGUCCAUUAAUAAUAAUGGGCUGAUGUUGUCUUAAAACCAAAAUUUAUCUUGGUCAGGACACAAUAUCUGUGCAGUGUUGAAACGUCUUCCCUUUUAAAAUUAGAUAUGCUAAUUCCGAUUAAUGUUUUUGCCAGACUUGUAAAACAAGGAUUUGAAUGCAUUGCAUGCGUGAAGUAAAAAUUGGUAUAGUUAAUGGAGAGGGACAAGACUUUGAAUCCCUCGGACGAUCAUUGUACUUUGCAACCUUUGUGAUAGCAUAAAAGAACAAAAGAGAUCGUCAGCUUGAAAAUUUUUUUUUCAUCAUACAACGUACGCUUUUUGAAACUUUCCUUGCGAUGUUAGCAAUGUGCGUAGUUCCUAUGACAAAAUUUUUGCCAAGAAUGCUUCGUUCUCGGACAACUGUUCGCAUCAUGGAACAGAUAAUGUCCGGAGACAAUUAUCAGUGGAUAUUUUCGCGCCAAAAAGAAGCUAUUGUUAUUUAGCUAUUCGUAAAGAGUAUUCCAGUUUAUUCUUAUAGCGCUCAUGACGAUACUCUCUUUAGGGGGUGCGGGUUAUUAAGAAAACAUUUUUAUAGCACUUUCUAUUUUCGAAUUGAUUUUGAAAGUGCUUUAGCUGAAUUAAAACUGCAUUUUGAUAUCAUGUAUUCACGUGCGUACACAGAGAUUCACACCAUAGUAGCUCCUUAGGAAUUACAUAGGACUCACUAGCGCCUUCUUUAUCACUUGGUGUCCACUGACUCGAUGUAACGAACAUCACCUUUGUAGUCUUUUCGAGACAUUUAAUUAGUGUGUUAGAGUCUCUUCAACUUGUAAUGGCGACAUGGACAAAUACAGAUGAUGUCGUUCUCUUUUCAAGUCCAUCAAUAAACUUGAUGGUAUGGCAGGUUUCACUGCCUCAAUCAUCUCUAACACUGAAUCGUCUGAGCAUAAGAGGGCAGAUGUUUGUAAAUUGAAAAAAGACAAAACAAAACAAAACAAAACAAAACACGAAAAACGAUCGAACCGGAUAUAACAAAUAAAUACACAUAAAUUGGCAACUUUCUUCUUUCACUCCAUUGUAUUUGACUCCUUUCCCGACCGAACUUUGUGUGUAAAGGUUACAAGGAGAUUAGGACCUUGUUGAAUUAAUAAACGGGGUCACACUUGUCGCCAUUAUGCACUGUAUUGCUUAGUUUUCUCAGUCUUCGAAGUUUGUGACAUUGUGAAAAUUGAACACCUUCUUUGUGAGGAAGUAAUCGAGUCAUAUUUUUCCCCUGAUGUCAAAGAAAUUUAUUUUUCUCGAGUUAAUUAAAACGAAGUCUGAAAUAACACUUAAAAAAAUUUCAAGUAUAAUGAAUUUGGAUCAUGCGGAUCCAAUGAGAUAAUCCUAAUUUAAAUAAUUUGGUAUAAACAAAAUAUAAAUAGAUAAAAAAAUAUAUAAAAGCUUUAGUAUAAAAAAAGUUUUUUUUAGAAGAAGGUUAUUUGGAGCCAAAACACUUUUCUAUUUCUAUAUUUAAUCAAAAACGUUUUUUAACGUUUCAGUUGGCCCUCAGGAUGUUUAAAGCAGAUGGCAAAUUGUCCACCACUCUUUUUAAUAUAGUGUUUCCACACCCGCGUGGAUGAGCUCAUCCAUAAUCAUUACCAUGAAUAGAAAGCUGGUUUUCGUAUUUGAAGGCUUUGAAUAACGAUUUGGUCCUAAAAGCUUUCACGCUUUCACGCUUUCAAGCUCAGGUUUGAACGUGCGCAACUGCCGAGAUGUCAUACUAGGUGAAGAAGGAAUUGGGUAUUUAUGUGCUGAACACGUGCAUGUUGCAUUGUCUAUCUGACGGACUUACAAGGGAGCAUCAGCUUAAGUUCCAUGCAAAAAUUUAUAUUUGUGUUGAUAUGCAAAGAUCUAUGAGCCUGCUUGAUGGAUUUCUCCUCUGAUUGGAACAUUUUCUGGACUGUUACAUUUACAUUGAUCGCUACAGUAGUAACCGCGGGUAACCUCUUAACCAUUUCAGUAUUCCUAAGACGGAAACUUCUAAACCGCGCUCGUUACCUUUUAUUAAGCCUAGCCAUCGCGGACACAUUCGUGGGAGCAGUAUCCGCUCCUCUGUACAUUGCUGUUGGUAUCCAUCCACAAGAGGAAUUGCUGGUACUCCUGUUUCAAUGCGUAGAUAUGUUUACAGGGAUGGUGUCUAUUUUCACCCUUGCUAGCAUUUCAGUAGAAAGACUCCACGCCGUGUUAUGGCCCUUUCGCCACUGUUUGUUGACAUCACGUUUCUACAUUUGCGUUGUUGGAAUACCGUGGGUAUUUGGUUUGAUAGGAGUUUCAUCUCGACUUCUCUAUCACUUCCGGGUUAUAUCCUCCUCGGAAUUCCUAAUUCUGACGAACACAUUUCUCCUGACUCCCCUUUUGAUAACAACCACCGCUUACGUUUUAUUAUGGAGAAAACUGCCUCAUCGACCUCAGAACGAAUAUCAGGCCGACAAUCAUGACAAGAAAUUGGCGAAAACAUUGUUCAUUUUAACAGCAGCUUCCCUCAUAACCUGGAGUCCGCACCAAGUCUUGAUCAUUGUAUCGGUAUUUUGCAAGUCUUGCAGAUCUUGGCCCUACAAAGUGGUUCAUAUCGUUAAGAUAUUACAGUUUAUUAACUCAUUUACAAAUGUUAUCAUCUACUCCUUGAGGAUUUCAGAAUAUAGACAGGCAGUUCUUCCUUGCACCCUCUAAGCCGAGGAAAUCGAUGCCUUAUUCGUGAAUAAAGCAGCGAGUGAUCUCAGACAGGAGAUAACGAGCGAGGAUGGUCGAUGAGCGUCUAAAGAAUACUAAAUUGAAGGAAUAGUACAUUUGUUACGCUUGAAAAAGUUGUGGUGUAAGAAUUAAGACUCGGUUGAUUAUUUCAGCUUAAAUUUCAGAAGAGAAUAUGUAUUUGAAGGAAGAAUAAUGAUGGUGAACUACAAACAUUGAAGGGAACUUAUAAAAGGGUUUUCCGAAAACAUUUUGUAGACAACAGAUGUUAAUAUUUCUAUAAACAAAGAAAUGUUUUGGUCAUGUUUCGCAUUACUAAGAGCCGCUCUCGCUAAGAGCGGUCUUCUAGACUUCUGUCAUAAAAAUAGUUUUUCAUUUUUGCCCACGAAAAGGGGUUAGGACACAUGUUUCAAAAAUAGUUUAGUUGUUCUCCGAUUCUCUGUUUUUUUGCGUCUCCACAUGUACAAGCCAAAAAUCAUUUUCGGCUAGACCACCCGUGUGGACAGCGAUCGAAAGUGUAAACUUUACAUUUUUUUCCACAGGUUUUCAUAACAAGUGGAUGGAGAAUAGAUGCCGAGUUGCACUAAAACGUUGUGUAAAAGUGAUCGGUCGUAACGCUUGCGCGCUUACAAAGUAAACGAAGGUGAUCGAUAAUUUUCGUUGAAAUAUCAAGUCAUGAACUACACACAGUGUGAAGAAGACCAAAAUUAAAGAGUAAAAUUUGGUACUCGGGUCACUACAGACACAUCGCCUUGCUUAAAAGGCCACAUAAACAAGUUAAAAUAUACGUUACCGUUUUAUUCACAAAACAACACACGUAAACUCUGAAAGAAUUUUUGCAGUUUCUCCCAAGAUUAGCACACGGAACGCAGUGAAUUAGCCCUCCUUUCUACGAAUUUGUUUUCAUCAUUAAUGAUUUUACGCUGUUAUGGCGACAAACUCAACAUUUCCCUGCGAUCAUCAAAGUCAACCGGACAAACCCAGCUAGAUGUAUUGCGUGACGUAAUUAUGCUGUUUUUCCCAUGUUAUAAACCAAAAUUGGUCAAUGUAACGCAUUAUAAUCGAAAGUUAAAAUGAACUGAAGAAUUUUGCAUUUUACUGAGAAUUUUAUCUUUUGAAAUGUUUACAUGAUUUGCGAAAAGCAAAGAUUGUAGUGGCUGCGAGUAUUUCAGCCCUGAUUUCUGUCGUAGAAUGCCAGGACGACGUAUCGAGUCAUUUGAAGUACUACCAUCUAUCCAGCGAAAUCCUGAAGUUCAAGUUUAUUUUGUUUCGUUCCGAUCAUUUGAGCCUCGAAACUCGGCAUCUAUUCUCCAUUCAGUUUUUAUAAAAACCUAAAAUCCACAACGUAGAAGAUAAACAAACGAAGUUUGAACGGUCAAAAGGAGAUCUCCAAUUUUCAGAGUUAUGCAAAUGUCCUUGACACAGCGUAAUUUAGCAAACACGUGCGUAGAAACGUGGAUACGCGAUAGCGUAGAAACGAGUUGUUGUGGGCACUUUUCGAUAUGCAAAUUAGCGUGAACUCUUCACAAUUGGUCGUAAUUAGUCGGCUCCAAACUCGAGAUCUAUCCUUCCGAAGAAGUCCGAAGCCCUGGCGCCAUUGUGAUUGCAUCGAUCGUUGUGAUAUUUAUUAUAUUUCCACGGCUGUUUCGACAUUUCCUAAAUUUAAAUGGACUUCGAAUGUUGCAUAUUAGUGUUAUGAUCAACUUAAAGGCCAAAUUUGAAGGGUCUUUUAAUCGUCGUCCAUGCGCUGAACAUAACGAGGAGCAGCGAGAAUCACGAAGAGUUUGUGAGUAACAGAGCAAGCUGUCGACAUUGAAAUUUCCACGGAAACAUGUACCCAUAAUAUUGAAGAAAUGUCAAUUCACAGCAUUAUUUCUUUCGUUUCAGAGUUUUUUUCCCGACGUUUAGGCAGCUACGCCAAUUUUGGUCUUCUCGUUGUGGUCAUUUCAUCUUGUUACUUUUCUAUGCAAACGUGACUGUUUUGAUGGUAAGAAUGAAAUAUGAUCGGUUUCUACAGGUCGUUUCCGCGCACGUGACCAUAAUCUGGCUGGUGUUGUUUUAAUCACUUGACGAUCUUUUUCGCUUAAAACACACGACGACUUCCUAUUUCAAGGAAUGCUUUUCCAAAUAGUUUCUAUCGCAUCCGUGUAAAAAAAUACAAGGAUAUCAGUGUAUCAAAAAACAAAAGGGAAAUUCAAAAGUACGGCUAACACAACAUAGGCCAAAAUGCGGCAGAGGUUCUUAGGAGCCGGCUGCACAUACCCAGCAAAAAAUGACCCAUAUACUCCACCCGGGGGGUUUCCAUCACAUACUCAAGUACUAUAAUUUCUUUAAUUUACUUGCAAUGAUUCUACUUUCUUUCGUAACACCUUAGUUUAAUGUCAAAAAAAUUUACGGGUAUGUAUCUCGUUAAUUCUUUGUCUACGAUUUGGCCAGGGGGCCCUGUAAUUAGGAUGUUGGUGGAUGAAAGUUAGAGAUAUACCUGCGGGUUUGAGACAAUCGGUGACCUCAUUGGUGGUUAAACUAUGCACUCAUAUGCUUUUUUAGCCCCAUUAACGCCUGCAUUUUAAUAAUUCUUUCAAUUCAAAGCCAUCGAAUUGUCGUUGUCUUUGCUACUUCUCAACUUUCGGCAUUUUAGUUCAUUCUUUUUUUGUUUUCUCCUCCUAUUCUUUACCAGUAGUUUGCUUCGCUUAAAGUUAACAAUAGUAUAAAGAACUGUAUGGGGAAACAAAACGCUUUGAAUGUCACCAUCCUUUACUCGAAUUGAAACUGUGAUAAUUAUAUAUUGCGUUAACAAAUAGCGCUCCAUCAGUUUCUUUUUUAAUUGAAGGAUACCCGCUACGAGAACAACUUUAUUGUCAAUGUAUGGAACUCCGCAUAUUUGCCGAUAAUUGGACCUCGCAAAUUUAAAAUAUUUGAUCGGCGAAGUAUUUUACGGUAGUCAAAAUAACGCAAUAUUAGGUUUGCACAAUGUUUUUUCUUUAAGCUUUCUUAAACGAAAGUUUUCUUUUGAUCUUAUGACUAUCAAAAAAAUUGCUCUUUCACUGAUAAACACAUUGUCCUCACCCCCCUUCUAA